UAUCUCUCUGGAGAACCCGCUCCUGUCUCUCUCUCUCUCGCCGUCCUUGCCGCCACGCUUGCCCUCUGCCCAAGCACGGGCAUCGGUGCCGUCUCUACCUCGGCUUACAUCGAUCUCCUUUCCCCCUCGGUGGCUCUCGCCCUUCGCCCGCAUUCGCGGCACUUUUGGAAGCCCGCGUCGAGCGACGCAAAGGAGCGGUAUAUUGUAGGUCUCAGGACAACCUAUACGAAGCAGGGGAUGAAGAGAUCCGCAAGGCUGGUUGCGAUAACCUAUCUCUUGGGUAGGACUACAAAUCCUAAUCCAAGUUUGAUCAGGGGGAGUAGCGGAUGCUAUCUCUAUGCUUCUCUUCGUGCAAUCUCUUCUGCGUCGAUCCCUCUUCCUCUUCGGAAUCAAUGGCCCUUUUCUCGAAAUCCAUCCAAUUCAUGGGCAUCGUCACCGUGGAUUCGGUUCGGAGAAAUUUGCGGAAGACUUACUUUUGCUCUGAUCAUUAUAUGCUCAGGACAGAGGAGGAGCCUGUUUAUCCAAACACAGUCGACACCCAAUCCAUUGUCUCUCAUGUUUUAUCCAGGACAACCGGUAAUGGAAGUUGGAAGUGCUGAUUUUCCCAAUGCUCGUUCGGCUAUGACUUCACCACUGGCUAAAUCUAUGUUUGAAAUUGAUGGAGUCUCAAGAGUUUUCUUCGGAUCAGAUUUUGUCACGGUAACAAAGUCAGAAGAAGCUUCGUGGGAUUUUCUGAAGCCCGAGAUUUUUGCAGCAAUAAUGGACUUCUAUUCAUCUGGAAAACCACUUUUGCUCGACUCAAAUGUUGCAGCUUAUAUGGACACAGCAAUCCAUGAGGACGAUUCAGAAAUUGUUGCAAUGAUCAAAGAAUUACUAGAAACACGAAUUCGACCUGCAGUGCAGGAUGAUGGUGGGGAUAUCGAGUAUCGUGGAUUUGAUCCGGAUUCUGGGAUAGUCACGCUAAGAAUGCAAGGUGCCUGUAGCGGCUGCCCAAGCUCAUCUGUGACAUUGAAGUCUGGCAUCGAGAAUAUGCUUAUGCAUUAUGUGCCGGAGGUCAAAGGGGUUGACCAGGAGCUAGAUACGGAUGAGGGUGCUUCGUCAAGCAGUCAAACGGAAUAAAAUGUCACCGAAGAAGCCUAAUCAUCGAACCUCCCCCGUAAAGAAUUAGUACCUGCUGUGAUUUCUCAACUCGUAACAUCAGUGGAGAAAUCUGGAGUUAUAGCCGAAGACCAUUUAACCUCUGUAUAUAUGUUUUGUAAGAGAGGAAAAAGAUACCCGUAAUGUUCGAUAGCGAAGCAUGUAACUAUCGAAAUGAGAUUUUUUUUUUUUUUUCAUUUUUAUCCAUGGGCACAUUUCCACAUUAAAUGUUUGUCUUUUUUAUGUCA